ACCCAACCCUAAUCGGUAACAACGCGUGUAAACAGAUCCCUCUCACGCGCCUGCCCUCUCAGAACGCUUGAGAGAGAGGAGCGUGAGCGCGCAGAGUUAUCUAUCACUGCCUUCCGGACAGUCCUGAGGAUCUUCACGAGCUGCUCCUCAUAAUAAACCUUACAAAGACGCACCUUUCUGUUUAUUGGAGGUAUUUUAAGGAGCAAACGACAUUUUUUUUUUUUUUUUUGCUUUCGUUUUUAAAUGAAACGAACACGAAUCUGGACUUCCAUCUGCGUUCUUUUAUGGGAAGUAAUCAUUUGACAGGAAAAAAUCGGAUUAACUGGAAAACUUCCGCUGGAUUUCUGUGUAUGGCAUCUUGACAUCAUGGGACAAAAAAUAUUAUAAGUGCAUCACAGAAGAUGAGGAACUAAUUAAGACUCAGUUUUAUAGGCUACAAUUUGAUGUAUCCUAUAAACUGAAGAACUUCGUGUGGGAUGCACUUCCACCUGUUUUGAGGCGGUUAAACCAUAGACCGUGGAACGCAUGAUUUUAACAUGAAGCUUCUGAUGUAAAGAGCAGAUGACGAGUAAGGAAGCCGAACAAGAAAUCUGCAGUCUUCUGUUCUGUCAACUAACUGCAAAAACUACCAACAGCAUCUUUGCAAGCUGAAUUAUCGUUUUCAUUCAGCUGACUAAAUGUGAUCUAACCUGCUCUCAAAGAAAGUUUGAUUUCACAGUGGAAGCGGGUUGUUUCUGACAUAAAGAGAUGAAACGAGAACGUUUUAAGCCCCCGGAACCAGAUGACCCUCUGUGCUGCUGUGGAGACAUCGACCAGCAAAGAGAGUACUGCUGCUGUGACUGUGAAGAACUUGAUGAUGCCUGUGAAAGGUUAAUCAGAGGAGAGCAAGACAAGCCAGACAUCUUCUCUCGUUUCGUCUCGUGCAUGGCUGAUCGUUUGGGUUUGCCAUGUUGUGCCAUAGGACCCCUUCGAUUGGAAAUCUCUGUCUUACCUCCCAUGGUAUUAAUUCCUGGCCUGUUGCGAGUGGCAGCAAUUAACUGUAUGUUGGGAGUUGUAGUCCUUACUGUCCUACCAGGACUGGUGCUUUGGUAUUACUAUGUGACUCACAGAAAGAAAAGACGCACAUUAUUUUUCCUUAGCUUGGCACUUUUCUCCCUUGCCUACAUGUACUACCUUUUCCUCACUGAGAUCCUUCCCAGAGGAGAUGUGAGUAAUCUGCAGCUGGUUAUUGUGACGACAGGCAUGAUGUUGACCCUUAUCUCCCUUGUGCGCACUAAACAAGGACCAGGCUUUGUCAAAUCCCAGUCAUUAGCUCUGGGAAAUAACAGUAUCUGUGCAACCAAUCAGAGCACAAAUUUACCUGGAGACUCUGACCCCUGCAAAGGAAUCAGCCAAUCAAAUGGGGAAAAGGAAGGAAAGAAGAAGUUAUGCCCUGUGUGCCGACAGGUGCGCCCACCAAGGGCAGGCCACUGCAGGAUCUGUGGGGCAUGUGUCCUUCGAAUGGAUCACCACUGUGUUUGGAUAAACAGCUGUGUAGGUCAGGCCAAUCACAGGCAGUUCGUUUUGACGCUCUUUCUUUUCCUGGUGACAUCGUUCUACGGGAUCAGUUUGGUGUUACGGAGUGUAUGUCCACAACAGAGUCUAUUCACUGCCAUGUUAUACUGCCCUGGAGUCUAUAACCAGUACAGCACAGCACUGUGCUUUACGUGUGUGUGGUACAGCUUUAUCAUAACAGGCGGUCUGUUCCACCUGUUCAUCCUUCAGAUCAUCAAUGUCAGUUACAACGUAACAGAACGCGAAGCUCAGAUUGCUUUGCGCAACAAAACUGGCAGACGGCGCUUCUGUGGCCUGGUUGUGGAGACUGGCAUGUAUUCGCGAGGCUUUCUCCAGAACUGGAUUCAGUUUCUCACAAUGAACACGGAUGAGAACGGUUCCCCUUUCACCUUCACAGUCAUGAAUGGUUGUUUUGUUAAUUAUGGACAGUAUGGAACUGGCCAGAAGCUAAGCAGGAACUUCAAGGCAGUCGAUUUAAAUUGGGGCAUCCAAGAUGUAGGUGACUUUGUUUCUUAGGAGAAACAAUUAGGAGAGUCAUAACAGUUUGGACAUUGCGUGAAUCAGAGAGAAAUGUAUCAGCAUUGCACGUCCUUGUAGCACAAGACACCAUGAGGAUUGGACAACCUAUCUCUGUCAUGCUUGAGCAGCACUGGACCCGUCUGUCAAUAGUCUUAAUAACCCUUAUAACAGGGGCCUUGACAGAUGAAGAUGUGAUUAGAGCUCUGUUGGGUGGAAGUGCGUCUUUUAACUUAAAGGUUACAAGUGGCAUGGCAGUAACCCUAGCUGUAUGGAACAAGUGUCCGAAUCAGAAGGUUUUUGUGUUCAGCCCUGACCAUGGACUUACAAUAUUUGACAGCAACUAUACUGGUCGUCUUUCUGUCGAAUCAAAUCACAGAAUCAUACUGGACAAAUUACAAGAGAGUGACUUUUUGACUUACUGUUAUGAACUCACCACUUUCCCGCAUGGGAGUCUUCAAGGACAAAUUACACUGGUGAAAACAACAGAAAAUGGUGACAUGCCCAUCAUGAUAAUCUCUGUGGCUUGCAGCAUAGGUUUAAUCGUAUGUGGAAUCAUCGCUGGAGUGGUUUGCUAUAAGAAGAGGAAAAGUAGCUCAGCAGACAAUGCAUUGCAACCUGGAGGCGUUUCUGACGGUCAGUCCUCUGUUCGGCCGAAAAAUCAGAAGCGACGCAAGAACAAACGCUCACAGAAUGAAGAGGUGGAGGAUGAAGACUUCUGUUACCUGAAUAUUAAUUAACCUAACA